AUAAAUGACCUCAAUUAAGCUUCUCUUGAACCUGAAUGAUGUUUAUCAUGCCUUGAUAAUCAUCCAAGCUUCGAUUUGCUUGUUGUAUGUUGUUUUCAACCCAGAUCUGCUCAAUAAGGCCAUUUAAAGCUUCACACAUCUUCUUAGCUCUAGCUCGUGUAACUGGACCUCCUUGGAUUUGCAAAUCUCUUUUUGAUGGGAAUCAAGACGACAGCAUAUCUACCACGUCAUGUGAUCCAUUACACACCCAAGGAGGUCCAGUCACGCGAGCUAGUGCUAAGAAGAUGUGUGAAGCUUUAAAUGGCCUUACUGAGCAGAUCUGGGUUGAAAACAACAUACAACAAGCAAAUCGAAGCUUGGAUGAUUAUCAAGGCAUGAUAAACAUCAUUCAGGUUCAAGAGAAGCUUAAUCGAGGUCAUUUAUGCUAAAUUACACAGUUUGCGUCAAUCUCGCAAUUCUGUCGCAAUUUGUAACAAACUGAUAUUUCAUGUUACUUUAGGCUACUUUUAGUUAUUUUCACGUUUUUUAUAUUAUUUUGGGCUGAACAUUCAUUUAUUUAAGGCCCAAUUCGUGGUUAUUAUGAUUAGGGCUUAGGGUGUUAGUUUCCUAUUCUGAUUAGAAUUACU